AAUCCUUCAACGACUAUGGCGGUACGAAUGCACAUGCCCUUGCAUCGGGCAAGAUGCGACCAGCGCCAGCAUUACGAUCUAGCUCGUUCGACCCAACCAUCAAGGUCGAUCCUAUUCAUGGCUAUGAAACAACCGGUUUGGGAACUUCUACCUUUCUCGAAGGUGCACCAGCAAGUCGUGCAGCAAUGAUGGCUCGUACACAUUCCGAUUCCGGCAAUAUCAACGUCGACGCUGGUGAGGGAAGUGCUGGACGUCCGCGCGCAACUUCAGAUCACGCAUCAGGACUCGGUAGGAAGAAGAGUGUCAUUCAACGCAUUCGAGGCGCUUACAAAACACGUCAAGAAAGUGGUGGUAUUGGUGCUGGGCCUUCUUCUACUGGGCCACCGGGUGCUGGGACGCCUUCUGAUCGAGGAACGAGUUCACCUCCUGCAUACGCAAGUAUUCCUGGUGCGCAACAGACUGAAUAUUUUGACAUGAAGGGACCUGUAGCAACGGGUUCAUCCACCGCAUCCCCAUCACACACGGGUCCACCACUUCGCAAGAUCCAUUCAGACUUGCAAGAUGCGCCUGGAUAUUCAGAUCUUGAGGAAGAAGAUGAAGUAGCGGCGAGUUCGGCGCAUGGUAGUGAUCCUACUGCUUCAUUGAGCCCGCUGUAUCGGCCUGCGAGUAAGACGGAUUCGGCGAAUGGUCAAGCUGGACCUGGCUUGCUUGGACGCGUGAGAUCGCUUCGUGUCGGUGGCGGUAAGCGUAGGGAAUGAAAAUGCCAUCAUUGUCACUCACUGGUUCUUGUCUGUUGCAUAUUUUUUUUGUGUUGAGACCCAUAUGUUGGGGCCUUUGUGUAUCAAGCUCUCUUUAGUAGCAACAACGACUGCAGCAACUAUGCAGUCCAUCUGAGCUCCGUCUCUGCCAAGGUCGCAAGUCGCAGCCCUUGAAUGCUGAGUCUAUUUGUGUGUGCUUCGCCUCCGGAAAAUGGCUCAGCUUUGCUCGUUUUCCUUGGCGU